AUGGAAAACAGCAGCAUUUGCCUUCUCUGCGACGAGGAACCAUUCCUUGGUAGCCCCAUUCCCUCCCCAAGACACUUCGGUCCUCAAAUCUCUUCUUCUUCUGCAUUAUCUCGGUCGUCUCAACCAGUAGCAGACGACGGCGUCGAACUGGAAAACUUCUUGUUCGAUCUUCUGCAAAGAGAGCACAUUUAUUUGCCAAGUCGUGGUUACCACGAGCGACUGCAUCAAACUUCCCAUCUACCUCUGGCAAGGGCCAGAGCAAUCCAGUAUAUCAUUUCGGUAUGUAGCCGACUAAAUUUAGGAACCGGGACGACAUUCAAUGCCGUGAAUUAUCUGGAUCGAUUCAUCUCCAUCAAUUCUACUGUGAAAUGGGAGGACUGGAUGAUGGAGCUGCUAUCCAUCGCUUGUCUGUCCAUCGCAUCGAAGAUGGACGAAGUUUCUGUCCCUUCGUUGCUUGAUCUCCAGAUGGAGGAUCUGGACCAUUCGUUCGAGUCGAUCACGAUCCAACAGAUGGAACUGACGGUGCUGAGGAAACUGGACUGGCGACUCUCGUCGAUCACGCCCUACUCGUACGUGGAGGCGUUGACGUGGGGGUCGGAUCGCGUGCGCACUCGCGUCGUGGAGCUCCUCGUCGGCGCUUUAUCGGACAGCAGAUUUCUACAAUUUAAUGCGUCCAACGUGGCAGCAUCUGCUCUGAAAGCUGUUGGAGAAGGUGAAGGUGGCUCGCCUUUUGCCCCUUUCGUUCGAGCCCACGGCACGAUCGGCAUCGGCUUCGAUAUUGCUCCGAUGUGGGUCCCUUUUGGAAUAAACCAAAGAGGGAAGAAGAGGAAAAGAGACGGCGAAGCAUAA